CUUGCAGUGGGUAUCACACAUAUUUCACUUCAGCACAGCUGAGGAGGAAAGAUGGAGAUCCCUGCUUGCCGUGCUGCUGUGCUUUCCCUCCUGCUUCUCUCUCAGGCUCUGAUCACUGUUCUCUCACAGGAGGACGAGGUCAUCCAGGAGGAGGAGCUGCAGGAGGAGGAUCAGAGGGUGACUGAGACCUGGACGAAGAACAUCAAAGCCUGCACCUGUGACUGCGAAUCUGCUGAUUCACCUACACGCACCCCUGCUGUCAUCCCAACUGUUCCUCCGACCUCGCUGCCACCACCUCAGGGUCACCUGCUGAACUGCAUGCCAGAAUGCCCGUACCACAGGCCGCUGGGCUUUGAAUCUGGGUCUGUGACCUCAGACCAAAUCAACUGCUCCAAUCAGGACCAAUACACCGGCUGGUACUCCUCCUGGAUCCCCAACAAGGCUCGCCUUAACAAUCAGGGCUUUGGGUGUGCAUGGCUGUCCAAGUUCAAUGACCAGUACCAGUGGCUCCAGAUCGACCUGAAGGAGGUGAGCGUGGUGUCUGGCAUCCUCACUCAGGGCCGCUGCGAUGCUGAUGAGUGGAUUACUAAAUACAGCAUCCAGUACCGCAUCGUGGAAACUCUCAACUGGAUCUACUAUAAAGACCAGACAGGAAACAACAGGGUCUUCUACGGAAACUCUGAUCGCUCCUCCACAGUGCAAAACCUGCUGCGCCCGCCUAUUGUGGCUCGUUAUAUCCGCCUUCUGCCGCUGGGCUGGCACACCCGCAUCGCGAUGAGGAUGGAGCUGCUGAUGUGCAUGAACAAGUGUACCUGAAGUGUAAUCCACCCUGCUUUUUUUUUUUUUUUUUCCUCACCCACCAUCAUCCCCCUGCCAACCUGCCACUUGCCAAAAGGGGAACGUUUGUCUAAUGCUGAAUGAUCCUUUGAUACCUCGAACAAGUCUGUCCUGACUUGGUGAAGCUCAAAGCAAUCUGGGCAGGUGGAUGUCUCUGGUGUCCUUUGAUGAAUUAUUUAUCUGUCUUAAAGUUUCUAAAAAUGCAUUGUGCUGUUAUAUAAACACACACCUGGACCCCCUUCCUCAACGCACAUUGGUUAUCCCAGCACAAAAUGCAAUUUGUGACCUUUAAUAAAGCUAAAGGAGUUCAAAACGAGUUGUUUACUGUGUCAGGAAACAAAAGACCUUCUACACUUUCAGAGUCAAAUUGGCUUGUUUUAUUUAAGAUUUACUGUUACAUCUGUAAACAUGAAUAUUCUAAAAUUGUUAAGCAUUCAUCUGUGGGUUUACGCUGUCAUGUAAAUGCUCUGUUGGAAAAAAAAAAAAAAAAAAAGCAGAUAAACACUGAACUAUGCUACUAAUUUGUGU